UUCCUGGUUACGUCUCAACUGUCAAAAGAAACAAUUAGUGAAAAGCAGAGAUGUAUUUUCAUAAUGCACGAGGAUUUGGAAGAUCCCCACAUGGAUAUGGAAGAACACACAAUGCAGACAAAAAACAGAGCUCAGGAUUGAACCAUGGACCCUGGAGAUGGAGGCAGCAAGUAUAGAUGUAUAUUUAGACAACAAACCUAAAAUCUCCCGGAAUCCAAAAUCCUAAAACUCCCUGAAUACAAAAUCCCGAAACUGCCUGAAUCCAAAAUCCUAAAACUCCUGGAAUCCAAAAUAACAAAACUCCUGGAAUCCAAAGAGAACCCAUCUUCUUCAUCAUAUGUGCUUGUGAAAGUGAAUGAAAGUGAACGGACACAGCGGGACGCUUCUCCUCAUCCGGCGAUGGAGGAUUUCAGACGAACCUACCAACGGCUGUGUAAGGAAGCAGACGUGGAGCCCCAGGAGUCGGUCUUGGCUCAGCUGCAGGAGGUCCGAGCCGCAGCCAGCAGCAGGAAACUGGACCUCAGUGGCCAGAGCCUGACGGUAGAAUCGUGCUCCAUGCUGGGCAAGACGCUGCAGAACGACACGCUUUUCACUCAGCUCAUCCUCAGCGACUGCAUGCUCAGCGAGGAAGGCACUAAGCUUCUCCUGAGAGGCCUGUGUUCCAACACCACAGUAAAACUACUGGAUCUUAAGGGGAACAACUUAAGAGGUGCUGGAGCAGAAUCUUUGGGGAAGCUAUUAGUAAGAAACAAGACUUUGCAAAGACUGGUGUUGGAGUGGAACGCUUUAGGGAUGUGGGACGAAGGCUUUUCCGUUUUCUGUGAAGGUCUGGCUUCUAAUAGUUCUCUUAUCCAGCUGGACCUGCGCAACAACCAGAUCAACCAUCAGGGAGCAGCUGAGAUCGCUCUGGCCUUGAAAAGGAACUGUGUCAUACGAGAGAUCGACCUGCGAUGGAAUAACAUCGGCCUGCUGGGCGGCCGCUCGCUGCUAGAAGCUCUACAGCAGAACCGCACUCUCGUCCAGCUUAACAUGGCCGGCAACAACAUCCCCAGCGACGUUCUCAAAGCCAUCGAGCAGUCUAUGGAUCACAACGAAGACAGACGUUCGACCCUGCGCCAAAGCCACAGCAAGUCUCAGGUGCUCAGUAAAGAGAUCCAGAUCCUGAAAGAGGAGAAGAACCGUCAGUUUCUAAGUCUGAUGGAAACCAUUGAUAAGCAGAGGGAUGAGAUGGGGAGAAGCAGCAGAUCUUCAUCAGUACGUCUGGGGCAGCUACAGGAAGCUCUGAGCGAACGUAAAUCGGCCGUGAAUUCCCUCACAGCCAAGUUACAGAUGACUGAAGCUGCUCUGGCUCUGUCUGAGCAGAAGGUCAAUAACCUGGGAGAUCUUCUGACAAAGACAAAAAUGGAGAAGACCGAGCUCAUGGACGGGCAUUCCAGAGAGCUGAAGAAACAGCAAGAGGACAGUAUUCAGCGCGAAGGGAAGUUUUUGAGGGAAGUGAACAGUCUGACCGAGAAGAACCAUCAACUGAAGAACAAGCUGGAGGAGGCUGAGCGGCGCUGCAAAGGUCAACAAGAGCAAAUCUUUCAGUUAAAGCAGGAGCUGACCAACUCCACCACAGAGCUAAAAUUACGCCUGUCCCAAGCUGAACAACGCUUGGACACGGAGAAGAGAAGAUCCAAACAAGCUCUCGAAGACACGGACAGUUUGCGUCAGAAAGAGGUCGAUCAUGUCAAUAAGCAACUGGAGGAGACAGAGAGAGCUCUACAAGAGCGGAUUCUCAAACUCGAGGGCCAGCGGAUGCAGGUGGAGGAGGAGCUGAGCCGAACGAAGGCUGCUAUGAUGACGGCGAGGGUUCAGGCAGAAGAGGAGCUCGGGAAAGUGCGUGCUCAGGCGCGCCUGGAAGAGCAGCAGCAUUUGAACAGCAUGGAGGAGAAGCUACGGAGCACGCGUCAGUCACGUGACGAGGCUCAGAGCCACUGCACGCAGCAGAAGCAGACCAUCACCGAGCUGCAGAGCCGAGUGGGCCAGCAGAGCAUCGAGACGGACGCGCUGCGGCGCAGGAUAGACGAGCUGCAGCAGGAGCUUGCUGGGAAAGAGCAGGAGAAGGUGGCGGAGGUGACGCGGGUUAAGGUCGAGCUGCAGGAACAGAUCGGCCACUUGCAAGCCGAGAGGACAGCGCAGAGCGGCUUAAAGGAGAAGAUCGCUGCUUUGGAGAGGGAGAUGAAGGCACUUCAUACCACUCACCGAGAGGCUCUUUUGGACAAAGAAAGCGAGAUCUCGUCUCUACAGGAGCGCCUGCGCAUGCGAGAAGCGGAGAUCCAGCGUAUACGCGAGGACGAGGCGCAGAGAGCCAGUUUGCUUCAGAACGCCAUCCUCACUUACGUUCAAGGCUCCACUAUCGGACAGUACAGCUCAAAAAAAUGACACUCACUCAAUCAGUAAUCAAACCUGUGUCUGAUUUCACUGAGGUCUUUCUAAAAGCAGAGGAGUAAUACUGUAAGUUUUUAUUCAAAAUGAGUUUUUUAUCUUUAACAAGUAAAUCGUUUACAGAAACCUUCCGGGAUCUCAGGAAAAGUGAAACGAAGUAAAUCCCAGCGCACUUAAAAAAAAGUUUUGAUUUGAUUUGUUUUCUAUAAUAAAAUCUUGGCAAAAGUAA